GUUACGUUUCCCGCGUAUAUUCGGUUCUGUUUAGUCUGGCGUUUUGUGUUUAAACAAUGCAGGCGCUGGAAGAAACAGACAAUGUUAAGGUUGCUGUGAGAUGUCGACCUAUGAGUGAGAAAGAAGUUUCAAUGAACUAUAGGACAGUGACUACGAUCAGUGAACUAGAUGGAUGUGUAACCUUGAAACGCAGUGAUUCUGGUGAUGAUCCUCCAAAGUGUUUUAUAUUUGAUUUUGUAUUUGGCUGCAACAGCAAGCAAACUGACAUAUAUAACAGGGUAGCUAGACCAAUAGUUGAAAAAGUGCUGGAGGGCUAUAAUGGUAAUGUUUUGAAUAAUGACCGUUCUUUCUAUCGAAAAUUAAAAAGGAACUAUAUUUGCCUACGGCCAAACAGGAACAGGAAAAACAUUUACAAUGGAAGGGGUUCGAUCUGUACCGGAACUGAGGGGCAUAAUACCGAAUUCAUUUGCACAUAUAUUUGGGGCAAUCGCAAAGGCUGACACGAAUACAAGAUUUUUAGUUCGCGUUUCAUACUUGGAGAUAUACAAUGAGGAGGUAAUAUAUUCUGUCUCAUUGUUUUCUAGUUACGAGCCAAAAAUCAUUAUUUCAUUUUGGAAUAUGUGAAUCUUGAUAUCAAACUAUUUUCACGUGAUAAUACAUUCUGCGUUUCCGUGCCCAAAUAGUUAUCUUCUACAAAAGAAAGCUGCCGCCUAUGACCUAGUUUCAUAUAUUCUGAUACCGCGUUGUAUCGAAAUAAGGGCUAUCUAGGGUCGAGAUUUUGAUUAGAGGAU